GGACAGCAUCCAGCCUCUUCUCUGGGCCCAAGCUGUGGGUAAAUACAUGCUAUGAGCACUUCAUAAGUUGAGGCAGACAGUCUUGUCCCGAUGCAAGACACACCUAUUUCCACGCUUCUUGACUAAAUGUCCAAAACCAUACAUAUCUGGUGCCAACAGGCGGCUGUUCUAUCUCCUCGAUCAUGGAAGGUUGCAAUAAGCUCCACCGAUUGCAUGAAUAAAACCAUCGAUCUGGAAAACCCUUCUAAGUCACAAGCAGAAGAUAAUCUAGUCCGGUGGUAUCUGGAAGAUUUCACACUCGAACCAUUCGCAAAAUAUCGUGCUCGCGCAGCCGCGGCAGAGCUCCGUCGGUACGGCAUAUUACUCUGGAAUCAACUAGACAUCGGCUCAUCCUUGGACGGUUAUGCGACCGUCAUUCUCCACAUCAACUUAUCUCAAGACCAGCAUGAGCUUGAUCGAAUUCAUUGGGAAGUACUCGAGCACCUCGAUGGCUCCGAGCACAGGGUCAUCGUUCACAGGGAAUUGCGGACGCCAGCCCUGGACCCAUUGCUUCCUUCAUCCACUCAGGCCAUCGACGGCGUUUUCCGCAUCUUGGUCGUGUCAGCACGGUCAGACUUAAAAAAGGGUGAUGUACCUCCUCGGCUGACGAGUCUUCCACUAGUGCGAACGCUGGAAGGAGCGCCGGGGGUAGAGUUGGCUUUUGUGCAUACAGGGACUUUCCAGGAGUUUGAAAAGGCAUUAGACGAAAGGUCAGAAUCUGAAAGGAUCCAUCUGGUUCAUUUUGAUCUUCAUGGCAAAAUUGACAAGAAUAAAGGCCCGGUUCUCGAGUUCACCGAACCCAAUUCGAAGUAUCGCACAGCUUAUACGGCUUCCUCUGUUGCCAAUGUUCUUCGAAGGAACGGAGUUGAAUGGACAGUGUUAUGCGCUUGCCGAACUGCUCAAACCACCUCCACCUUCGGCCACCUGGCACUCCACUUCCUGACACAUGGAAUCAGAGGCGUCUAUGCCAUGAGGUACGAACUCAAGGCUAGUGGUGCGGCGAUCUUGACGUCCUCCUUCUAUACGGCAUUUUGCCUUGAAGGAAAGACAUUUGUCGAAGCUGCAUAUGCUUCCCGACGUGCUAUGCAGGCGGAUUCCUCGCGUCGUGCCAAGUAUGGGGAACUUGUCGAGAUCCAGGAUUCAUUGGUGCCUGCAGUCUACAUAGUCGACGGUGUUGAUCUCCGGCUAGCAGGCAUACCAUCAAAACCGGAAAUUGCCAGAGCAUAUGCACCGUCCAAGCUGCCAGAGAUCAUUGGUCGAGAAGACGAUAUCCAUCGACUGAGCAGGUUGAUGAGAGGGCAGACUUCAUUCCAAGUGCUCAUUGGUGAUAUUGGCACCGGAAAAUCUCUCCUCAUGAAGCAUCUAGCCUGGUGGUGGAAGCAGAUCCAUUUGUUCCAGAAUGUCGUCUACGUAAAUGUGUCUCUCAUAGAUACUGACCUCGAACACGACAGCUCUGUUGGUCUUCAUGCCCUUGCGAAGUUCAUAAGGAACUCCGUAAUUGGCGACAAUGCAGCGCACACAACGCAUCCGCGUGCCAUCGAUUACAUUAGGGAGAUGGUGGCAAUGACCAAAGGGCAUGAUUAUAUCAUCCUCGUCGACGGAAUCGAUGAGCUUUUUCACGAGUCGUCAAAAAGUGACGAUACCUUGGAGGGAUGGACUAGCUUCUUUCGCGUUGUCGAGAUCUUGUCAGUGUCCAGUUUGAAAUUCAUAGUGGCAACAUGUUCGCCGUCAAUUUGUUCUAAGACCAGGACGGACGACAAUGUGUUCUCCAUUAGUCGCCAGUUGACCACGACAGAUGCCCAAAAUCUUAUCUCGUCAUUCAAGCUACAAACUCAAGAGACAGGCUCUUUUCAGGAAUCACCCGACACUCACCUGCUUCGCAUCUUCGAAAUGCUGCAAUACAACCCCAUGGUUAUGAAGAGUCUUUCAAGCGCGCUACAGGAGAGAUUUCAUGGACUUGAAACUAUUCUGUCCUGGAGCCAACCAACCUCAUCCAGAGAACCGAAUGACGGGGAAAAUACAUUCCUCAGCUACAUUGAAGACAUCUUUGAGAACAAAAUUAAUAGGUUCAAGACGCUAGAUCUCGACGAUAGUGAAGGGCUGGGUCGUGUCCAUCAGCUCAUGCUGACAGUCCUGGCCUUUCUGGGUCGACACAACAGGUACCAGGAAAUAUGGGCGUUGCUAUCCAUUGGCUUAUGGACAGACGUUCUACCCCACCCUGAUGCUAUAGUGACUGUCUUCGAGGUUAAAUUUUCCAUGAUGGCAAAUGUGCCAAUGAUUGGAAUGAUCAUCGAGAAGAUACCGAAAGUUCGACUAGGAGCGUCAUUUCUGCCAUUUAAGCUUUGGUCUAUUAUGAACGAGGGACUUCCACCUGAAUCAGAAGAACCACAGUUCUCGAAAGAGGCCAUGGCACGCUCUCUAAAGUACGUUGUGCGACUGCUCUUGGGAGCCAAUUUACUCACCACGCCAACCGAGCCUCUAAUCGAUGGAACCCCUGGAUAUCAUAUUCACCCUGCUCUCACAUUGUGGAUUCGGCGCAUCUUGAGAAUUCUGCACUGUGACGGGGUAUUCAUUAGCUUCUUUGACUGCAUUGAGAAUAGGGCACUCGAAAUGGCCAAGUUGAAUCCUGCAGUUACCGAGGACAUUCCGGCCAUCAAAUCAUUCGCGUUUCCAUUUAUCCAGAGAGAGAAAUGGAACUUGAUAACAGCUGUUGUUGGUUUGCACCAGAAAUAUCGUCACCUGUUAGCUAUGAUAACGGUUCCAGCCGUAAGGGAAAUGUUUCUCGAGAGCGGCAUGCCAUUUGCCUGGUCUUCGUUCCAUGUUCUGGCUCCCAUAUGUGGUUCGACGGAGGAUUUCUGCACCUGGUUUCUCACACAUAUUGUGCUGGAAUAUAUCGACAUGGCGGCAUCUAUAAUGCCUAACUCCAUGGAUGAACCGCUUCUCCAGCCACUAGGGCCAUUUCUCUACCUUUUGAAUUGGGCCAUUGACAUGACCCAGCGAUACUGCAUAGAAGCCAAACGAGCUACGCCGCUACGUCUUCGAAAACUACUGCUGGGCAGGGUUUCAGCAAUGCGUCGUAUGGGAACGGGGAAGGAGGAGUUGAUGGAGGACAACUUCAAAGCGGCUGAAAUGAAAGCUUUGAUAAGCGAAAUGCGAAUUGCAUUAAUGUCGCCAAAUUCCAGCCAGGACGACAUCGAUCGAAGCAUCGAGGCUGUCAAAACUGCGCGAGCACAGUCUGAAGAUGGCUGGAGUUUGCUGGGUUCAUUCCUCAAUGACGUGAUAGGUUUACUCAACAACACCAACGAUUCGACUGUCCAACUUGAAGAUUACGUCCGCAAGUUAAGAGAGGACAGAGCACGUCGCCCGAACACCGCGGCCGGAAGCUCUUUUGAAGACGAAUUUGCAACACAGUCAGUAAUCCUCGACAUGAUGGUUGACAACUUCCUGAAACCAUUUGAUGGGCUCAAAGGCCUCCAUUACGUGGGAAAUCCAGUGAACAUGGCCUGGUACGCCGACUUGAUUUUCUAUAUGCAUAAGGUGGACUUCUUUCAAGGCAUUCCCCCUUGGUACAGCGAUCUUAUAGCACCCAUCUUAACACACACCCGCCAGGGGGAUCUAGCGCAGGCCAUAGCCGCAGCCCGAAGAGGCCUCCAAGUCGCAGAGCGCGAUGGCCAUGUCCUUGUGGCCUCGAAGUUCCGCCAAGUGUGCCGCCGGCUCGGGGAACUGGAUGUCGCCGACGACUACGAUGCUCACCAGGCCAUGCUUUCCCGCGUGGCUGAAAAUUCCAGCCUUUUCCUGCGUCAGGUCCUGGAUUGUUUAGCGAAGCAUGAUACUCCUGCUGCCUAUCGGCAUGCGAAGCAGGCAUGCGACGAAAUGCAAUUCAGCAAGGCCUCUUUGCCUUUGAUGAAGGUGUUCGGGAAGCACCUCUCUCCUUUAUUCGCCUCUAUGUCUGACAAUCUGCCGCAAUUAGAGGUGUCAUUCAACGGGCUAGAACGGCUUGUUGAAUUUUUGGAGCCUUACAAGGAGGUCAACUUAGAGGACAAAAGAGAAUGGGUCGACCUGGUCUGGAAAAUCAGAAAUCUUCUCACUAAUCUCACUGAUCAGUCCCGAUCAAUGGACAUGGAAUGGGCGUACAAAGCCAGUGAGGUCUUUAAUGACCCGAAUCAACUCGCAAAUGAGAUUGGCGUAGAUGCUAAACUGGUGAAGGGAGCCCAAGAAAUGUGGAGUAAUGUUUUCAAAGCGGGCCAGUCUUGGGAUGAGUUGCAGAAUGAUCUUGAGAGGGUAACAGAGGUCCACGACCAAGCUACGGAAAAUAUGGGGGAAGACGGUGCGGCUCAAGAUUGAAGUAUCGAAGCGAAGCCGAUCUGAGUUGAUACUGAUCGACUUCGGAUGCCCAGGAUAAGGUAUAAAUCCAGAGAAUUGGGGAGGCAAACGGAAGGAAUCGAAGUAGUUGCCAUAGCUAUUCGUCUAAUCAAGCUGUGCCGCAUAUUCCAACCCGCAAGGGUAAGGCGUUGUCUGUAGAGCCAUCGAUAUCGAACAACUACAGGUCCUUUUGGUGAAUCCACGUCUCCACCAUACCAAUGUGCAUCGCCUCGCCAUCACUUCAGGACGCUGCUGUAUGUAUUACUUUAAUCUUGCUUGGAUUUGAAUUUGGUGUAUGUAUUUUCAGCAUUCGGAAGGGGUCCAAGCUCAUAACUGUUGGCCGAAAAAAUUUUCCCCUCAUUAGUGAAAGUAAUUAAUUUGGUAUUUAUUGGCUGACAUUUUAUUAUAACCCUGGCGGGUAAUAGUGGCAUGGUGGUGUGGUCUAUGCAAACAGCGCAAACACCGGC